AUGUGGGAAAGAAAGGCUAUUGGCAUCGAUUUGGGAACGUCAUAUUCCUGUGUCGGCGUCUGGCAAAAUGACAGAGUUGAAAUUAUUGCCAAUGACCAGGGUAAUCGUACAACGCCUUCAUAUGUCGCUUUCACCGGUACAGAACGUCUUAUCGGUGAUGUUGCCAAAAAUCAAUUAGCCAUGAACCCUUAUAAUACAGUAUUUAACGUUAAUCGUCUCAUUGGCCGUAAUUUUAGCGACCAUGAAUGGCAAUCCGAUAUGAAGCACUGGCCUUUUAAAGUCAUCGAUAAGAAUGGAAAGCCAUAUAUCAGAGUAGAAUUCAAAGGCGAAAAUAAGGAUUUCGUACCCGAAGAAAUUUCUUCCAUGAUAUUAGUAAAGAUGAAGGAAACUGCAGAAGCUUACCUUGGUGCAAAAGUUAAUAAUGCCGUAAUUUCAUUACCAACUUACUUUAAUGACUCCCAACGUCAAGCUGUAAAAGAUGCUGGAUUAAUUGCCGGUUUAAAUGUACUUCGUAUAAUUCAUGCACCCACUUUAGCAGCUAUUGCAUAUGGUUUUGAUAAGAAAGUUGCUGGUGAGCGGAAUGUCCUUAUCUUUGAUUUAGGUGGUGGUUCGUUUGAUGUUUCUCUCCUAACUAUCGAAGAAGGGAUUAUAGAAGUAAAAGCUGUUGCUGGUGACACACACCUUGGCGGAGAAGAUUUUGACAAUCGACUUGUAAAUCAUUUCGUACAAGAAUUCAAACGCAAAUUUAAAAAAGAUCUUACAACGAAUGCACGUGCUCUCUGUCGAUUAAGGAUCGCUUGUGAACGUGCAAAACGUACACUUUCAUCAUCAGCACAAACAUCCAUAGAAAUAGAUUCUCUAUUCGAAGGUAUCGAUUUCUAUACCUCUUUAACGCGUGCAAGGUUUGAAGAUUUGAAUCAAGACUUGUUUCGAUCUACAAUGGAACCUGUUGAAAAAGUACUACGAGAUUCUAAAAUCGACAAAAGUUCAAUUCAUGAAAUUGUCCUGGUCGGUGGUUCGACACGUAUUCCCAAGAUUCAAAAGAUGGUAUCUGAGUUCUUCAACAAUAAAGAACCAAACAAAUCCAUUAAUCCUGAUGAAUCAAUGGCAUAUGGUGCUGCCAUUCAAGCUGCUAUUUUAUCUGGUGAUACUUCUGAAAAAACUCAAGAUUUAUUUUUACUCGAUGUCAAUGCUUUAUCUCUUGGUAUUGAAUCAUCCGGUGGUGUCAUGAAGCCGCUUAUAAAGCGUAAUACAACUAUACCUACUAUGAAAUCAGAAAUUUUCUCCACAUCUUCUGAUAAUCAACCAGGAGUAAUGAUUCAAGUUUAUGAAGGUGAUCGUGCCCGUACUAAAGAUAACAACUUUCUUGGAAAAUUCGAAUUAACUGGAAUUCCGCCAGCACCAAGAGGUGUUCCACAAAUCGAAGUCACCUUUGUUAUUGAUGUAAACGGUAUCUUAAACGUAUCUGCUGUUGAUAAAACAACUGGACGAUCGAAUAAGAUAACCAUCACAAAUGACAAAGGUCGAUUGUCAAAGGAAGAAAUCGAACGUAUGGUUUAUGAAGCCGAGAGAUAUCGUGAAGAUGAUGAGAAAGUUGCCAGUACAAAGCAGGCACGAAACGGAUUGGAAAGUUAUGCAUAUAACUUACGUAAUACACUUGAAGAUGAGAAAUUUCCUAUUAAUCUACUUAAAGCUGCAAUUCAAGAAUCGAUUGUAUGGCUUGAAAAUAAUCAAUAUGCAGAAAAGGAUGAAUAUGAUGAUAAGCAGAAAUCACUCGAAAACAUUGCCAAUCCAAUUAUGAUGAAGCUUUUUAGUGUUGAUACUAAAGGAAGAGGGUAUUCAUAUGAUUGA